CAUUCUAUUGAAAAAAGUUGGUGAUCAUUGCUUGAUACAUUUUUCAUUAAAAUGACGUCGGUUAAUGUUGCAAACGUAAUAAAUAUGUUAGCGACUACAUUCCAAAUUGCGAGUAUAACACAGACACUUGUAACGCCGUUUGAAAUUGAAAUACAUAAUGAAAUUCGUAACAUGCUACAAAAUUUUCAAAACGUACAUUCCGUUUCAUUAUUUGAACAUGAUUACGUGCUUGAUUUUGUCGAGCCAUCAGACCCGCAUGGAGCACAAAUUGUAGAGUGCAUUACAGUUGCAGAAGACGAAGAAGACAGUUUUGAACCUGAAGAAUGCAUUGUUGAUGAUGAAGGUGGAAAAGUCGAUUUUAGUUAUAAAAGGAAAGCUGUGGAGUUUUGGAAAAGUGGAAAAAGGGUACGUCGACCUUUUUCUAAUGUACAGAGAAAUUUUCGCAAGGUUAAAUCCUUACAGCAGCUAUACAGGUGGGAAGCGAGUGUAGAGAAAGGUGGAACAAAUGCAAAUAAAUUUACAUUUAUUACGGAAUAUGUAUUGCAAAAGUUUGAAGAAGCUUGUGAUAGAAGAUCCAUUAUUUACGAUAUUAAUUUAAGAUUAUGGGCCUUGGAGGCAAAGGAUCAAGUGGACUUAUCCCAAUUCAAAGCAAGUAAAUGGUGGAUUUGGAAAUUCAUGAAAGUGCAUAGAAUUGUUUUUCGCAAGAUAACAACUUUCAGGACGCGAUCUACGUUUCAAGAUAUUGAUAAUCUACAAAAUAUUGCAAAAUUAUUUGUUUCAAACGUAAGAUCUGACAUUCCAUCUAUCGGAGUUGAAGAAGUUUAUAAUGCAGACGAGAGUGGCUUCAACUUUGAAAUACAUUCCGGGCAAACAUUGGCGAAAUCAGGAGUGAAAACAAUUGAAGCGACGGUUCAAUCGUUAUCUUCUACAACACAUAGUUACACUAUAAUGCCUAUUAUUUCGGCAAGCGGACGUCUUCUUUCACCACUGUACAUAGUUUUGAAGGAGUCUACAGGAACAUUUGGUCCGAGGAUGCAAGAAACUUUAUUCCGUCCAGUUAACAUUUACACCCAAGCUUCAAAAUCAGGAAAACUCACAUCUGAACAUUUCAAAACUGGGUUCAGCGCAGUGUAUCUACCGAAUACUGGCCAUAAAAAAAUGUUACUAUUCGACUCGUGGACAGGAUAUUGCCCGAGUCAGUUAGAACAGUUGAUUCCACAAGAUAUAAAGUAAAAUUUUCAACUAUUCCAAAAAACGACGGGUUUCAUUCAGCCUUUAGAUGUGUUUGGAUUCCGGAUUUGGAAAAAUUUCGUACGAACAUUUUCUGAUAAUGUAAUUCUUCAAGAGAAAGAUGUCACUUUGCAUUUGCGUAAUGACAUAAUUAAAUUGCAAUCACUAACCCAUAAUCAGUUUUCUUCGCCCAGAUUCAAAAAUCUUUUCCAAUACACUUGGUUUAAAAGCGGCUAUCUAGAAACGCAUCCCGGCGAAUUUCAAAAUCCUGUAGAUUUCUGUUACUUCAGGGAUGAAAAGCAUGUACCCAAAUGUAGUAUUUGUGGGAUGGCCGCUUUUAUGCGUUGUGCAUGGUGUGGCGAGUAUUUCUGUUUUAAACAUUUCUAGAAGAAUAUCAUUACUGUACCAAUUACAAUCCAUAAUUUGUAUCUGCCGUUUUGUGCUUGUAUAACUUUUCCAAUGUAUAA